CUCAAGGCCGUCGCCAUGCAGACGUGAUGCCAAAGGGAAACCCAGUGACUGUCUCCCCUUCGCUUUGUUAUCAAUGCCCAGUAUUGAUCUUCCCGUCGCUUCCUGUCAGCUAUAGCGUGGCAUCGACUGGCUUCCAAUGUUGGCGUGCUGCAGGGCAGUCCUACGCUCUGAGCCAGCCAAGCUGGGAGGUCCAACAUCGACGACCGCAGUCGCACAGCGCCAGCAGGAAGAGCGCUAGUUUCACCCGAACAUGGACCCAGAACAAAACACUUCGGAGCACGACGAGGGAUCCUACCAGUGAUGGUUAAAACAGUCUAAGUUUCUGGAUCCAGUCAGGUGAGGUUUAGUUUUGGGCCGAUGAAGGGCGAGGAUCCGGCUGUCAGGAUGGAGCGGCUCAGCCCGCCGCAGCCAAAGGAACGGGCUCAGAACGUCACAGAGAAAGUCACGCAGGUGCUUUCUUUGGAGUCGGACGUUCUGCCAGAAUACAAACUCCAGGUUCCAGAAACAACAUGGUGGAUCCUGCUGCAUUACAGCCCCUUCAAGGCCUUUUGGGACUGGAUCAUUCUGCUGCUGGUCCUCUACACGGCCGUUUUCACCCCGUACUCGGCCGCCUUCCUGUUGGACGAACAUGGUAACCCGCGGCAAAGACGAUGCGGCUACACGUGCAACCCUCUGAACGUGGCCGACCUCAUGGUGGACGUGCUCUUCAUCGUGGACAUAAUCAUCAACUUCCGCACCACGUAUGUGGACCACAAUGACGUCGUCGUCACACAGCCGAGCCGGAUAGCCAAGCAUUACACCAAGGGCUGGUUUCCGAUUGACAUGCUAGCAGCGACGCCCUUCGACCUUCUCAUUUUCAGAUCUGGAUCUGACGAGAUGGCCACCUUAAUCAGCCUGCUCAAAACGGCUCGGCUGCUGCGGCUGGUCCGCGUGGCCCGAAAGCUGGACCGAUACUCCGAAUACGGCGCCGUCCUCUUCUUGCUCAUGUGCACCUUUGUGCUCAUCGCCCACUGGCUCGCCUGCAUCUGGUACGCCAUCGGCUUCGUGGAGAGGCCGUACACGGAGACCGGCUGGCUGGACAACCUGGCUGAACAACUGGGGAAGGCGUACAACGAAAGUGACUCCAGCUCUGGGCCGUCGGUGAAGGACAAAUACGUGACGGCUCUGUACUUCACCCUGAGCAGUUUGACGAGCGUCGGGUUUGGGAACGUCUCGCCAAACACAAACUCCGAGAAGAUUUUCUCCAUCUGUGUCAUGGUCAUCGGCUCCCUCAUGUACGCCAGCAUAUUCGGAAAUGUGUCUGCGAUCAUCCAGAGGCUUUACUCCAGCACGACCCGCUACCACACCCAAAUGCUGCGGGUCAAAGAGUUCAUCCGCUUCCACCAGAUUCCCGGCGGCCUGCGCCAACGGCUGGAGGAGUACUUCCAGCACGCCUGGUCUUACACCAACGGCAUAGACAUGAAUGCUGUGCUGAAGGGAUUUCCAGAGUCGCUGCAGGCAGACAUCUGCUUGCACCUCAACCGCUCUUUGCUGCAGAACUGCAAGGCUUUCCAUGGAGGCAGUCAAGCUUGUCUGCGGACGUUAGCUCUGAGGAUCAGGACGGUCCACGCUCCUCCAGGGGACACGCUCAUCCACUAUGGAGACUUCCUGGACUCCCUCUUCUUCAUUUCCCGUGGCUCCAUCCAAGUCAUGAGGAACUAUGUUGUUGUGGGUUUAUUAGAAAAGAAUGACAUAUUCGGCGAGCCUAUCCACCUGUACGACGAACCGGGACGGUCCAAUGCAGACGUGUGCACCAUCACCUACUGCGACCUGCACCGCAUCCCCAGGGAAGACCUGCUAGAUGUGCUUGACAUGUACCCGAGUUUUGCUGACAACUUCUGGAGGAACCUGGAGAUCACCUACAACCUGCGAGAUACUGAUCAAAUUCCGCCAGUAAUAACCAACGAAUCUGGAGACGACAGUGAAUAUCGCCACAAAGCGCGACACCGAAUCCAUCCCCUCGACUGCAGAAUAAGACCAGAUGGAAUCGACCACGAAGACUCGUUCCCCCACCAGUCCUGCCACUGUUCGCCGCCUCAGGACGGCUGGGACGACCUCUGGAGCUCCUCCUGUUCCCAGUCCAGCGAGGAUCUGUCGAAGCCUCCCACUCCAACCACCGGAGCGAAUCCCGUUCCCACUGACGAUCCCAGACCGGUCCUCUUCCCCACUGACGAUCCCAGACCGAUCCACUUCCCCACUGACGAUCCCAGACCGAUCCCCUUCCCCACUGACGAUCCCAGACCGAUCCACUUCCCCACUGACGAUCCCAGACCGAUCCCCUUCCCCACUGACGAUCCCAGACCGAUCCACUUCCCCACUGACGAUCCCAGACCGAUCCACUUCCCCACUGACGAUCCCAGACCGAUCCCCUUCCCCAUUGAGGAUCCCAGACCAAUCCCCUUCCCCACUGCGGCCCCACAGGUGCCCCAGAGCGGAGCCUCGGUGGGGACGAACAUGGUGCUGAACCAGGGCCACCAAGCUUCAUCAUUGAAUCUGCCGGGAAUGUAUCGAUACUGGCCAGAUCAACAGCAGUUGUCCAAUCAGGUUUUACGAUCUUCUUCCACCGGUAAACCAAACCCGCCCCUGUUCCCAGAGGAAAGGCCCAGUGAGCUUGAGUCGCGACUCCAAGUCCUGCAGUCACAGCUCAACAGGCUGGAAACUCGAAUGACGGCUGACAUCAAUGUUAUCCUCCAGCUGCUACAGAGACAGAUGGCUCCAGGUCCCCCCGUUUACGGCAUCGUUUCCCCCAGUACGCUUCCCAUAGACUCCUCUGCUAUGUAUGGACCUGGGGCACCAGUACUGGACAGCAUAUACCCAGUUUCCCCAGUACAGAUGGACUGCAGGGCUUCCAAGCAGAGUUUGGACCAGAUAGAUGUGAAAUCCUCCAAAAAGUCCCAGGAGUCGUUGUCCAGCGGGAUCCACAUGACUGCAGCCUCUGACGACACGAUGUCCACGACUGUCACCCCCGACACCGACACUCACGCCGGUUUCACCCCCAAGAUACCACAGCAACUGCCCAGAUCGACCCUUGAACCCAACGUGAGCCUGUGUGGGACGGUCCGCUUCCCGUCUUUGCCGGUGAACCUGGACCUGACCUCAGAACCCGCCGAGAUCCAGAAACACACCUCAGACCCAGCGCUGCCCGUCUUCACCUGACCGGCCGGCUUCACCUGGACAGAACCAACAUAGUCUCAGGUUUUAUUUUGUUUUUUAACAGCUAUCAGGAAAAACAUGAAGCAAAAAUUACAUGCAGUGCCUUGCAAAGGUAUUCAUAGACUUUUCCACGUAUUUUCAUGUCUUAACCUCAAAUUUUAAUGGAUUUGAGAUUAUAUAAAACAUAAAAUCCAAUUUAACUACAAAAUUAAACAAAUGUAUGGUUUCCCAAUUAAAAAAAUAAAAGUAUUUCUCUACCAGCUUUACAUACCUGGAUAAGUUUCACCCUAUUCUUCUAUACAAAAAAUACAUAAAGCUGCUUUAAAAUAAAUGACAAAAAUAAAUAUAAUAAUAAUCAGAUCAUUUCCAUAUAUUCACUUCUAAAGUUAGCUGAUGUUAAUUCUAUUGCUAAUCUUGAUUGAUUGGGAACAAAUUUAAAGUGUGAAAAUCAUAUUUUAGAGUCUGCAAACAAAAACGUGAAGGAUAAAAAUAAAACAGCAGUGAGCAUUCCAUUUUUAAAAAUUUAAUUUAAUGAUUUUAAGACAUUUUUCUAGAUACUCCCUUAAAAGAAAACAAAACAAACAAAAAACGUCUGCUUUGGGAGGAUUUUACUGUUUCUAGGUUGACGAACAUGAAAGGGGCAAAAUAAUCAUAAGAUUUUGUUUCUUCUACUUGAUUCUUUUCUCAAUGACCAAAACUAUUUGUUUUAUUAUUUUUUCUGUUUUUACUUUUUGUCUUUUUGGAAUAAAUAACUAAAAAAUAUGA